AUGCGCCCUCUGUGGACGCUCCGACACAGAUGCUGCGUCGCUGGCCGACGUUCAUAUUCCAGCCAUGCUGCACAGAGUGUGCCGCCAUGGCGCCCGGCUUCUAUUUUAGACGAAUGGGUGGAACGCGAGAUGCGACCCAUCAGUUUACGGCAAUUGACUUUCUUCGGGCGGACGUUGACGGAAGCGCGCCUGAUCAGCUCUGCGAAUUAUGUACGAACGGAGCUCCCGAGCAGACUGGCGCACCGCCUCCGAGAUAUUCAAAAGCUUCCCUACGUCGUAGUGUCCAAUCCCCAUCUGUCGCUCGUCUAUGAACUGUAUUACCAGGCGUUUGAGAGAUUUCGAACAAUUCCCGAGAUCAAGACUUUGGACGAUAAUGAUCGCUUUUGUGACAUUCUCCGAAAGACUUUGAAGGACCAUCUGGUGGUGAUUCCUCAAUUAGCAAUGGGUGUUUUGGAAUGCCGGGAUUUGUUGCCACGGGAAAUGGUUGACCAAUUCAUGAACACCUUGCUUCGGGCGAGGAUCUCCCGUCGCGUUAUUGCGGAGCAGCAUCUGGCUUUGACAGAAACUUUCAACUCCCCGUGGCACUUCGCGGGGCCUUUCGAUAAUGCCGAUGCGAACUCGGAGUACAUCGGAGAGGUAUUCCUGAAAUGCAAUGCCAAGGAGGUGAUCGAACGCUGUGGGAAACUCACGCAAGACAUGAUGCGGGGUAGCGCGGGAUCCGAUAAUAUUCCCGAGAUCACCGUCCAGGGCCAUUCGGACGCGACUUUUCCCUACAUGCUGAGCCACCUGGAGUAUAUCGUUGGUGAAUUACUGCGUAAUUCGAUCCAGGCGGUCAGCGAGAAGUACCGUAACUUGCCCGAGCGGCCGCCCCCGAUCGAAGUCCUUGUCUGCGAGGCGCCGCAGCAUAUUAUCCUGCGGAUAUCCGACCAGGGAGGCGGGAUCCCGCGCGAGAUACUCCCGUAUCUAUGGUCGUUCAACAAAGGACCUCAUAGUAAAGCUCGACUUCAGAAUCUCGAGCAGGUCCCCGCGAUGGCUGCAACCAUGCAAGAGUUGGCCGUGUCCAAAGAGAGAAAGCGCGAGGAUAAGGAAACUUUCCGUGAAGGAUCGCUCGACUCACUGACCUCGCGCCCUCCGAAUCUCCGACUCGGGAUGGGGCUCCCGAUGAGCCGGGUCUAUGCGGAAUACUGGGCGGGCAGUCUGGAACUGCACAGCCUGGAGGGGUACGGGGUGGAUGCCUUUCUCCAGAUCUCGAAGCUGGGCAAUAAGAACGAGCAGAUCACGACGAGAGCAUCAAUGGAUGCCGUGUGA